ACUGGCCCAGUCGCCGCCGGUUAAAACGCCACCACCCACCCCCAAUCAAUCAUCCCCCAACCCCUCCUCUCCUCUCCCAUUCCCCCACCGCGCCGCCCUUCCUCUCUUCUCUCGCCCCGAUCCGCUCUUCGCCGGAUCUGAUCUCUUGCCGAGAGCCAGCUCAAGGCGUUUCUUUUUUCACUUGCCGAUGGAUCCCUCCUCGCCUGCCCCGCCGGCGGCGGUGGCGGCGGCUGCGAGGGCGCCGUCCUACUGGUGCUACAGCUGCGAGCGCUUCGUGCGCGCCACUGCUAGCGGUGGCGGGGAUGCCGAGGCCGGGGUGGUGUGCCCCGGCUGCGACGGGGGGUUCCUCGAGGAGAUGGACGCGCCGCCGCCUCGCAGCAGGCCGGCCGCCUUCGUCCGCCGCCGUGCCGCGGCGGACCCCGCGCUCCGCGGCGGGGCCACCGAGCUCCGGCCCCGCCGCAACCACCGCCGCGGCUCUGGCGCAUCCGGGGACCGCUCGUCCCCGUACAACCCCGUCAUCGUGCUCCGCCGCUCGGCCGCCACGGACCCGGGCGACGCCGACGACGAGGAGGCCGCGGCGGCGGCGGGCGCCGUGACCAGCAGCAGCUUCGAGCUCUUCUACGACGACGGCGCCGGAUCCGGGCUCCGCCCGCUGCCGGAGAGCAUGUCCGACUUCCUCAUGGGGUCCGGCUUCGAGCGGCUCCUCGACCAGCUCGCCCAGAUCGAGGCCGGCGGCUUCGGCGCCGCGCGCCCCUGCGACAACCCGCCGGCGUCCAAGGCCGCCGUCGAGUCCAUGCCCGUCGUCGUCGUCGCCGCCUGCCACGUCGGCGCCGACUCCCACUGCGCCGUCUGCAAGGAGCCCUUCGAGCUUGGCGCCGAGGCCAGGGAGAUGCCGUGCGGCCACAUGUACCACCAGGACUGCAUCUUGCCGUGGCUCGCGCUGCGUAACUCGUGCCCCGUGUGCCGCCAUGAGCUGCCCACCGAUGUGCCGCGGCCUCCGGCGAGUGACCCGGCUGCCGCGGAGGACCAGGGCAGCAACACUGGGGCUGAGGCUGGCAGCGAGGAGGAGACCGUGGGGUUGACGAUUUGGCGGCUCCCUGGUGGAGGAUUUGCUGUUGGGAGGUUUGCUGGUGGCAGGAGGGCUGGUGAGAGGGAGCUGCCAGUUGUCUACACUGAGGUGGAUGGCGGCUUCAACAAUGGCCCGGCACCGAGGAGGAUUUCAUGGUCAUCGAGAGGGAGCCGAUCGUCUCAGAGGGGCACUAUUAGACGCAUUUUUCACAACAUGUUUGCGUGCUUUGGGCAUGCCCAUUCGACGACCAAUGCUCGAGCAUCAUCCUCGAGGUCAGAGUGGAGCUCGGUUUUCACCCGCGGUUUGAGGAGCCGGAGCACAAGCUGGAGAUCGCAAGAUGGGCAUGCUGAUGCAAUCGCAAGGUGAUGAUUGACGAUACCUUGGGGGGAUAUGACCUUAGGUGUUUGAGAACUGCAGAUUCUUUGCUUUUGUUUGAUGUUAUAUAUAUGAUUCAAGAGAGCAAGGAUGAAAAAGAUUUGCAGAGCAAAACUUGCUGUUUUGUACAUAGAGCAGAUCUAGAGAUAUUGCAGUGGAAAUGUCCUUAAGGCUGCAUUUUGAAGUAUGAUCAUGAGAAUUAUGGAUACUUGUAGUACACGCAUUUGGAAUUGCGCGCCAGAUUUGUUUGUAGCAGUCAACGAUUUCUCCAAAUUCAUUCUGCCCAAUGUGAUGGCAGUUUGUUGUACCUACAACCUGUUGAUGGUUUUAGAUGCUGAAGCAAAGAUUCAAAAAAAUAUCAUUCAAGACAUCUUGUACUUCGGCCUACAGCUGAAUCAAUUUCCUGAUUUGGGUGUCAUUGUUGAUCAGGGGCAUCUUUGGAUCCUUGUUUUCUUGCUAUCAUCACCAGUAAGGAGUUUCAUAUUGUCUUA